UUGAAGUAACGGUGAAUUUGUGACAAGGCCAAGUCUCCACUCUGAGCUUAAAGCCUCAAUUAUGAACAGAAAGCAUCGGGAAUUCCCUAACCGAUCAGUUUUCUAACUUUAACUGAUAUAUAAUAGUUAAGUAUUAUCAGUAUUCACAGUUGAUAGUGGAUUCACCAACAUGCUAUCUGUUCUGUUUAUCUUGGUUCUGAUGACCGGAACGUCUAUGGCAGUAGACGAUUGUGAAGUGACUGAAGAAAAUACAAAUACGUUUAAAGUUUACUACGGAUGGCCAUUUACUUAUAGAUGUGUGAAUAUAUUCACUGAUAUCAAUUAUGAUUAUGAUUUGGAAAAUUAUGGCGAUUACACGUGUGUCAUUACUGAAGUGGAGUCUGGUAAAGUAUUAUGGAAAACAGCAUUCACUGGUUCUCUCUAUGAUGACACUUUUGAGGGCGAAGUUGAUUUUACAUUUGAUAGUAUUGAUCAAACCACGCCAACAGAAUACAGGACAAAUCUGCAGAAUGCUUCAUCUUGUUGGAUCGAACAUUUUACCCUUGAACCAUUAGAACUGCCGAUAGAAACUUGCGAAGAAAAUCUGAGUUAUAAUUUCACUCAUAAUUUCGAUAAAUCGGUUGGAUCGACGUUCAACUGUCUCUGUGAUGUUCCGCGAGAUUCUAAUGCACCUAUGGAGUUGGUGAAUGACGAUACUGUAAGUCAAAAUGGAGGAACACGAAUCUACUGGCUUUAUAAUUGUGGAAAGGAGCUUCCAGACAAUGCUGCUAUGAACUACGACAAAACUUCACUGAUUUUAACAAAUAUUUCAUACCAAGCCAAUCCGGGAGUUUAUACUUGCGUUGUCGAACACAAUAAUAUGAAAAGAUACAGAAUUCAUCGCAAGAUAUGCGUAAGAGAAAAAAUAUCUCGACCCGUCACAAUAUCAUGUGAUGGUGGGAGAGCAGUAAUUGGUGAAGACAUCGAAAUCGUUUGCCACGUUGAUGCGGGAGUCGGACAAGACACGAGUAUUGCAUUCUAUGGGAGAUUCAAUAAGUUGAAUGUGACCGGAGAGAUCGAUUACACUAAAAAGAAUUCGUCAUGCGUAUCGUUUGCCAACAGAGGUUCACACAGUUCAGAAGAUAAAAGAUUCUCAUGUGUGCUGAACAUUGACGGCGAAGGGAAAAGAAAAUGCUUUUAUCGACCCCCAUCUGAUGAAGAGAUAAAACAACAACGAACUUCACUCACGAUGCGCUAUAAAAUAAAGAAUGUCCAACUGUCGGAUUUUGGAACAUAUCGUGCACAAAUCAAUCGUAAUAACUUGGCUCAAAUCUUCAAUUUUACUAUUUCACACAACAAAGAAAGAUUUCUUGCAAAACAUAACUUUACUUUAAUAGUUUGCAUCUCAGUAGUCUGUGGAUUUGGUCUUUUCUUUGUUAUGCUCUGCGCAUUGUGCGGUGUGGAAUUGAGAUGGUUCUGGUUCAAGUUGUGUGCUGCACAAGAAAAAGAGAUUAAAAAGUAUUCAUCAUAUCUUGCGUACUACUACAGUAGAGACACAUCACAAAACCAGUCGCCACAACUUGAAGCAUUUAUAAUGAAUCUUUCAACUAGAUUGCAGCGAAUUGGUGGACCCGUAUUUGACAGAUGUAGAGAACCAAGCACAGAGCAAUAUAAAGCUGAAAGUAUAUACGCAGAACUAGGUCAAUGCCAUCGUGUCAUUAUUAUACUUACUCCAGAAUACAUCAACGACCAAUGGAGUGUGUAUGAAGCGUAUGAGGCAUGGAAAAACGUUAUUGAAAACGGAAUUAAAAUUAUGUUCAUAACGUUCCCAAAUACAAAUUCUGCAAUCUCAAAUCUUCCUGACCAGUCAAGAACCGCAUUGAAGAAAGCUUUGCAGAGACAUCAAGUGAUUCACUGGACCGGAAUUCUGCCCUUCACCAAGAGAAUGAGAAUGCAACUGGAAAUGUUCAUGCCGAAGCUACCACAAGCGGACGCCAUGGAGCUGAAAGUUUCAAGGCUUGAUGACGAUGACCAGCUGUUGACUUCCAAGCAAAAUGGUCACAGUAUAUCUACGCAGCAGAAGGAUACCAAUGGAAACGUCUAUCACAGUUCUCUCAAUAUAUAACAAGAUAAAAAUACCGUAUGGGUACUCCAGAGGUCGAGGAAAACAUGGUAGUACUCGGGCCAAAAAUGAAUGCACGAUACUAAAUAGAGAGAAGUAUGGAACAAUGCAUUGCACCACUUCAUAAGCAAUUCAAGUCCAUUUACCUGGAACGAAUGAACAGUUCGCUAUUUCGACAUUCAUCCUAGACUGACAAGCAAUGGUAGCUAACCAUAUGGAUUUAACUGUUUACUUAGUUUUCUCAUCUACAGUCCAGAAUACCAAAAUAACAAUUCGGUAAAUUAUCAAUGGAAUGUAUUGUUAUUGAUACAUGAAAUGAAGCCAAUCGCCUAAGCCAUCCUGCACGCAACAAACAAGUUAAAUAAAACAAAAAAGCAAGCACGAUAAAAUCUAUUUUUCUUGCCCUUUUCUCACGUUUCGAGUCAAUUGAAAAACAGCUGUGUAUUUUCAAAACAUUGCGCUCAAUAGCAGAAUAUUACCGCCUAAAUUUUUCGGGAUUCAAAUUUCUCACGAUAAACAUCAAUCCAAUUGAACCAAUAAAUCAGCAAAAAGAUUCCAAGAAAAGCGUGGUUUUUACCUGAUUGUUGUCUGAAGUAUAUCACAUUUAUAAUUCGCAUUUGCACUUUCAAAAACUUUUAACAAUUUUUAAUUUCUGUUAAAGUUUAAAAUAAAAAUUGCCGUAAAUUUUAUUAAAUAAUAUGGAGAGAUAGUAAGUUUUUCUCAAUAUCCUUUAAUAAAAUUUAGGGUAAUUGGUAAAUUUGGUUUAUAAUUAUCUGCACUGAUCGUUUUAGUAUUUACAUAAUGAACGUUUUUAAUCUAAUCAUAUCUGAUUCCUUUUAAUGCCAUAUUCUUCAAAUUUAUUUUAAACCACCUAAUCAAAAUAAUACAUGUGCAUCAAAUAAAGAUACACCUCAUCAAAGCUAUAUUUUUAAAGAACUGUAAUAGUUCAAAUAUAUUCUUAAACUUGAAAUAACGUUGUUGCGGUUCACAAUAUGUCAGAUUUCAUUUUCAAUUCAUUGAUUUUUUUUUUUCAUGAUGUUUUAAUUUGGCAUUUUCGCAAUGUGAUUGAACUUCGUGCUUUUUGCUAUUGCUAAAUUACUUUCUCGUUUUUUUCUUUUUUUUGUAAUAAACAAACAAAGAGUGAAAAACAUCAUACAAUUUUUAUUUAUUCACAGUUUGGUUCGUCACAUUUUAGGGUGUUUGCUUUUUGACUGCUGUAUAAGACGUAAGUGUUCGUUCAAUAUUUGCUUUGAGAUUGAAGGAUUUAAAAUUAAUAAAUAA